CUCCUUUAAAGAUCUUUGUAUUUAUUUGUGUGUAACAGGUUGACAUGUAAACUACACAGUGGGCGUAUGGAUUGGAGAAAGUGUGCAGACGAUGACUCACAACAGAGGAAGUUGUGCUCAAGAAAGUGAAAUUCCAUGUUUCAAUGGACAGCCACAUCUUGAAGCCAGAUUUGAGUGUCCAAUCUGUCUUCAGUGCAUGAGAAAUCCCAUCUUGACAGCAUGUGGGCAUCGAUUUUGCAGUGACUGCAUUACAGACUGGCUGAGGCAAAAAGACCAGAGUUGUCCUAUUGAUAGCCUUCCUAUCAAUCAGGAGACAGAUCUGUUUCCUGACAACUUCACCCGUCGUGAGAUUCAGGAACUUGAUCUCCAUUCUUCGUCCUGUAGUUAUGAGAAGAGGGAAGAAGUUCAGUGUACCUUCCAUGAUGUGGGAUGUACAGAAAUACUUACAAAGAAUUCUUUGGCUGAACAUCUGAAAUCACAAGUUCAUCAGCAUCUAGAUCUGCUUAGACAAGCACACAUGAAAGCACGAAGACAAAACUCUGUUGAAGAGAAGUUGAAAGGAAAAGCACAGGAAGCAGCUCUUCUUUGGGCACCAGAUUCAAAAGGAGAAUCCACAGAGAAAAAUGGGGAAACCUGGCAAGCACUGGCACGUGACUUAUUUGGUAGAAUUGUGGUCCUGGAACAGAAGUACAAUGAACAUGAAAUACAGCUGUCUAACAUCAAGCAGCAGCUGCAGCAACAUGUCAGCAAUUCAAGUGCUGUCCUCGAAGAAAUCUGUCGUAAACACUGUGGUGGUGUCAUGUUGUGGGCUAUCCCUGAGUUUCGUAAAGAGCUGAACACAAUGGAAAGAGAACCUGCACAUUAUUUCCUUUACAGCCCCAGCUUUUACACUUCACCCAAUGGAUACAGGUUUUGUGCUCGGCUCAAUAUAUCACCAAAAGACCACAAUUGCUUAUCAUUGUUGAUUCAUCUUAUGAAGACUGAUCAUGAUGUUUGCUUAGAUUGGCCGUUCACUGGAAGAAUCAGUUUUCGCUUGGUCAAUAUGAAAGAUUCACAGUUACACAUUCAAGAAACCAUGAUGUCUAGGCCUGAAAUUGAUGCAUUUCAACAGCCAACAAAAAACAUUAACCCUAGAGGGUUUGGAUACACAGAAUUUAUUUCAAUACCAGAGCUUAUGUCUGCUGGAUUCAUACAUAAUGAUACACUUACCAUCAAAAUAAAAGUGCAAAGUGUGUAAUUAAUGUGAUUCUUCAGGUUUCCUCAAGGUAGUAGAUCAGUAAGGAACCUUGGACAAGAAGCCGGAUAGGCAUGUGCAAUAUUUCAUCAGUUUACUGACUGACCGUCAUCAGGUGCACUCAUGGAACACAAUAAUAUGGCCAUUCACCUAGUACUUGUCUGAUGCAUCUAUAUAUUUCAUGCAUAAAUGAGACCAUUCACAAAAUAGAAACAUUGAGUUGUUGGCAGGCACACAAGAAGAAUGAAAAGAAAACUUGCUGGUAUUCAGACGAAUACUUUUAUGAGCUGGAGUACACACACACACACACACACACACACACACACACACACUGAGAGAGAGAGAGAGCUACAUUGUGCUGGCUGAACACACAAUACCAGGAUUGCAGUUCGGCUGAUGGACCAGAGUGAGCAGUUGUGUCAGGUGCGGUGGGAGUGGGAGAUGAGGGGUUGUGGAGAGGUAGCUGGUGCCUCAGAUGGUAGCAGCAGGUGUGCAGGAUAGAAAUUCAGGAGAGGGAGACAGCAGGUGCACUGGCUACGAAUGCGACACAUAGGCAUUGGAGUCAGUGAGUUAGUGCGAUGCACAGUGAAAAUGACAUGGAGGCAUGGACUGAUAGUUUUAACGGGAUAGAGGAAAGGGGAAGCCAUUGAGUAGAGGGUGUGCAUGCAUUGAAUUAAUAGAGAUUGAGGCCAAGACAGUUAUGGGAGUUAUGGGAGUGCAAGGACAACUCCCAUCUUCCUAGUUCAGGGAAGCUGGAGCUGGAGGGAAGGCAGGGGUUGUGGAACAGCAUGCUGUGCUCAGUAGCAUGUUCCACCACUGGAUGAUCAGCUGUUUUUGGCCACAGUUUGGCAGUGGCAAUGCUCUGCAGAAAUUAGAGCACAGCCUAUAUAUGACAUGACUACUUUCACAGGUGUCCCUGUCUCUGAUGAGCUAGGAGAAGCCUGUGACUAGAUUGGAGUUGAAAUCGAUAAGUAGUUGAAUCAGGCAGGUCUUGCUCUCAGGGUCUUCCACAGGGAUAUGACCUCUGUGCCAAGAAACUGGAAGUUGGAGUAUCAUGUGGAUGGACAGGGAUGUUGUGUAGGUUGGUUGGACGAAGGAAUACCAUUUCAGGAUGGAUGGGAAAGAUCAUGUGUAGGAUGUACCACCUAGCACAUCCUACUCUACUUCUGUCACAGGCUUCUCCUGUCUCAUCUGAGGCAAGGGCACCUAUGAAAUCAGCCAUCAGCUCUACUGGAAUUUCUACAGAGCAUUUUAUGUGGAUAUGACCACCAACCAGCUGUUCACCAGAAUGAAUGGCCACCGACAAACUGUGGACAAGAACAAAGUUGACCACCCAGAGGCAGACCAUGCUGAUUAGCACAACAUGCUGGAGCUCAGGGGUUAUUUUACAAACCAUGCCAUCUGGAUAUUUUCCUUCAGCACCUCUUUUUUUUUUUUUUUACAAUGUAAGUGGGAGUUAUCCUUUCAACACUUCCUUCACUCCCGUAAUCCUUCUACCCUCAGAUCCUCAAAUACUAGACUCACAUUUGGGAGGGCAAUGAUUCAAAUCUACAAAGGGCCAUCCAGAUUUAAGUUUUUUCAUUAUUUCUGUGAAACAACUGUAGACAAAUGGCAGAAUUAUUCCUCCAAAAGGGCAUGGUCAAACUCCUUCCCCAUCCUGGAAUCAGUCUGGGCUUGUGCUCCAUCUCUAAUGAUCUUGAUGUUGAUAGGAUAUUAAACUAAAUCUGCCUAUCUUCCUUCCUUCCUGGCCUCAAUCACCACUAAACCACUUCAUGCACACCCUCUACCCAGAACUUUCCUCUUCCUCAGUCCUGUUACCCCCUCCCAUUCUAUGCCUCCACUUUGACAUUGUCAUGCACUAUACAAACUCACCAGCUUCGGCUUCCGUUGUCGCAUUCCGAGCCCAUGGACAUGCCACCUCCCCAUCCCGCAUUUCUAUCCCGCACAUCUGCAGCCACCCUCCAAGCCACAAGUUACAUCUCCACAACCCCUCAUUCCAAUUCUCGCCUCUUCGUCCCUCUACCCAACCCAACCCUACCCCACCUGAUAUAACCGCUCACUCCUGCCAAGCUGCAUUUGUGGCAGAGGUAUUCAGUUGGCACAAUGUAGCUGCACAGGUGUGCACUUGUGUGUGUGGUAUGUGUGUGUACUUGAACUUGUUAAAAAGGGUUCAUCUGAAAGCUAACAAGUUUUUACUCUAUUUUGUGUGCCUGUUAGCAGCUCAACGCAAACUAUUUGACGAAUUCUUUCCUUUACUCCUAAAGUAUUUACACACCACAUUUGAUUUAUUUUUGACAUACUUUAUGUGUAAAUAUACCACUGUACAUAAUAUUAUUUCUUUGACUUAGUGCAGAAACAUAACUUAUAUUUUGUCAUUUUUAAUAUACCACAGUUGACUCAAUUCAAAACAACCGCAAGAAAUAUUGUCAUUUGCUGUUUUUCAUGGCAUAUUAGUGUACAAUUGUUUUGAUGUUGAAAUGUGUUUAUACACUGUGAUAAAUUUCAUCAAAAUCAAUCGGCGCUGUGGCAUUGGACUAGCAGUUUACUACAGACUUGUUCAUGGUCUCCACCGGAAGAGAUUAUAUGCAAAGUGUCACACCAAAAAAGAUGAGACUUAUGUUGUAAAUUUGUAUUCUUACUAGGUAUGUUCAAUUAGUUAUACUUGCUUUAAAAUGGAUCCCCUUGUAAUCUGUAUAUAGCUGCAGUCAUUCUGACAUUGCUCAAAACAUUCUUGGGAGCAACACAAGAGUUCAACCAUUUUUGCCUUCCACAAAGCAUACAAACUCAUAAGCUCUAAUCUGCUGCCACUUGAGCUGAGUGAUUGUUAAAACUUGUCAAAACCUGUGUAUUGUUGUUCUGUGGUGUAUUGCCAUAUUUUGACAGAAUGCAAACCCAUACUUAUGACUAGUUUGAAUAUUUUGUCUGUUAAUGUUUUGUUUACAACAUUUUUGUACUUGUUAUUAUCUAAAUACAAUAGUAGUAUAUUUGUCUGUUGCAUGAACAUUACCACAGAAUGUAGUGCAUGUGUUUCCAUUUUGUGAUAUCAUUUCCAUUGAUUUCUGUAGCAUGGUCUGUUGUAUAAUUACUAGGGUGAAAAGUUUUGCACUUAGUUAAUAAUCUGAUUAUCAUGUCACUGAGGAACCUAUAAUGGUGUACUGGGACGUUUUUCUUUGACUGUAUUUUAGAUUUGGAUAAUGUCACCACCCAUAGUGAAUAUGGGAAUAAUUCAAAUCAAAAGCAAUGGUGGCUUACAUAUGGUGUCAUACAUGGCCAAUACAGUGUUACAGCAGCAUAUACUUUUAUGUUCCUAAGUGCAGGACCUAACAAUUUUGACUGAUGCCUCAGAUCUCUCCUGUUCCAUCCCCAUGACCUCCCCCCUUUCAGGGUAUUAGUUCCCACAUGCUGCUGAAACUCAACAGGCACUGUGAAGAUUCAGUCUGUGUCCUUAAGAACAGCAAGCAUUGUUGUUGAUAUCAUUUAUUUUUUUAAUUACAUAAGUUUCUUAAAGUAUUACUCAAAAGUGCAAAUAACUACCAUACUGUGGAAAACCAUUAACUAAAUCCUUGAAGCAAUGAGAGACUAUUUUAUCAGUAGGAAAACAUUGUUAGAUUCUAUAUUUUUGCAUUAUGAGGUAUGUUAUAUACACUUUAAAAUGUCAGUAUUAUAUUUUGUGGGUGGGAUCUUUUCCAGAGUGCAAUAACAACAUCCUUUUGUAAUGUACAUUUUACUGCAUUGUUUUUAGAAUAUAUGUAUUACUGGUGUCAUCAUUUUAACCAGUAUUAAUCACUAUUAUGCCGUCCAGUUUAUUACGAAAGUGGUUGGGUUAUAGUAGAUAUUGAAUGUAUAUUGUUUAUCCAAUUAAAGCACUUUCAAAUCCUUA